CAAUAAAAAGUCCGCAGCAGCAGCUAUAAAAGCUGAGAGUGGAAUAAACAGGAUCAAAGAGCAGAUCUGAACAUGAGGACGCUCGUCUGUCUACUGGCUGUGUUGUGGGUUUGUGACGGCGUGAAGUUCGGUCCGUUGUGUGACGGAAACCCGAACAACAACCGAAGGACACGCUCUGACCUGAACUGAAGACGUCUGCUGUCUUUCAGGGGGAACCGGGAACACAAAGGUCUGGACAUCGUGUGCGCCGACGGAUCGGCCGUCUACGCUCCGUUCGACGCCACCCUUCACGGGAGACUGACCGUGUACAGCGACACGACCAAGGCCGCCAUCAACGAGGGCAUCAACCUGCGGGGGCAGGGUCUGUGUUUCAAGCUGUUCUACGUGAGGCCGGACAGAACCUCGGGGUCUGUGAGGAAGGGGGACCGGAUCGGAACCAUGCUGCCCAUGCAGAGCGUAUAUCCAGGAAUCACCUCACACGUCCAUGUCCAGAUGUGUGACAAGAGCGACCCGACACAGUACUUCUGACCCGCCGUCACUGGUUGUGGAGUAAAAAGUUCUACAAACCAGACUGUGAUGGAGGAACAACAUGAAGAACAUUAAUCAUCAGAAAAAUCUCCUCAAAUAAAAAAAAAUAUCACAAA